AUGCUGUCAAAGGUACAUCAAACUUCAUCACAUGAUGAACUUCGUACAAGGAGACAAUCUCUUGAAGCAGAAUUAAGGCUAACAGAAACAAGAUCGCUUGAACAAGAUUUACCUGAAGGGUUUAAUGUAAAUCUGGAGAAUUCUUCUACGGGUGAAACAAAAAAUGGUACAAUAAAGUCCUUUUUGGCUCAAAUGUUUUGCUGCAAGUAA